AUGAAGUUAGGAUUGGAAAUGAUGGAUAUGCUGUGGACCUUAACAACAACACAUGUGGAUGUAGAUCUUGGCAAGUAUCAGGUAUCCCAUGUGUGCAUGCAGUGGCAGCCAUUUCAUACCUUAACAGGAAUGCAGAGGAUUAUGUUGCACCAUGGUUCCAUACAAGCCAUGUUCUUGACUUGUUACAACCAUACCAUUAACCCACUUAAUGGUAGUUCCAUGUGGCCUGAAGCUCCCUACAUGAAGCCAUUGCCUCCUCAAAAAAGAAGGUUACCAGGAAGGCCAACCCUUAAAAGGAAAAAAGAUCAAUCUGAGAUGGAAAGCAAGGGGAAAACAAGGCAUACUAUCUCAAAAGCAGGUUCAGUUAAUAGAUGCACUAUUUGUAGAGAAAGGGGCCACAAUAGAUCAACAUGUCCUACUAGACCAGCAGAUGUAGCAUCCACUUCAAGGCCAAAAAACAAGAAACCUAAAAAAUGUAAAAAAGAGAAAGUUCAAGCAGAUCCAGUGGAUCCAGUUGAUGUACCAGCUCCACAUGUUGAACCAGUUCAAGUAGAUGAUCCACAUCCAGAUGUUGAUGUCCCUGCUCAACCAGUUGCAACUAGGCAGAGGAUACGAAAAUACUCAGAAAGAAUUACCAAGAUAGGGUUGAGGAGGAAGGUUUUGAAGAAAGAAGGAAGCACUGGACACAACCCAAUGGUGUUGGAAUGA